GCACUAGCCCCACGAGGUCCGAUGUGCCACCAUUUUCGGGCCACUUGUGACCAAGUCAGACGUCAGCCUUGUCCCCCGUGAGAACCUCGUGCUUGCCCACCUUCCCUGGACUCAGCCUGCCCUUGAUUCUCUCCUUGUUCCCCGCAGUGUGUGGCUGUGGCCUGGCCCAGUCGGGCUUCUUCUUCAAGAACCAGGAGUACAUCUGCACCCAGGACUACCAGCAGCUCUACGGCACCCGCUGCGACAGCUGCAGGGACUUCAUCACCGGCGAGGUCAUCUCUGCCCUGGGCCGCACCUACCACCCCAAGUGCUUCGUGUGCAGCUUGUGCAGGAAGCCUUUCCCCAUUGGAGACAAGGUGACCUUCAGCGGGAAGGAAUGUGUGUGUCAGACAUGCUCCCAGUCCAUGACCAGCAGUAAGCCCAUCAAGAUCCGCGGACCAAGCCACUGCGCUGGGUGCAAGGAGGAGAUCAAGCACGGCCAGUCGCUCCUUGCGCUGGACAAGCAAUGGCACGUCAGCUGCUUCAAGUGCCAGACCUGCAGUGUCAUUCUCACCGGGGAGUACAUCAGCAAGGAUGGCAUUCCGUACUGCGAGUCCGACUACCACUCCCAGUUUGGCAUUAAAUGCGAGACUUGUGACCGAUACAUCAGCGGCAGGGUCUUGGAGGUGAGUGGGUCCAAGUAACUGUGAAGAUGUUUG